CUAUUGGACGCCUCGGAGUGGUUGGAGGCGGAGCUUCUGGAGGGCGUGGCCAAACGCCAGCUCUUCGGCGAACGCCACUCCUCCUACCACUUCACCAAAUCGCUGGCAGAGGGCGUGUUCGCCGCCGACCACGCCCCCCUCCCGCUCGCUAUCGUCCGCCCCUCCAUUAUAGGCGCCGCGUGGCGCGAACCGACGCCCGGAUGGGUCGACAACUACAACGGGUUGUCCGGCUUUCUCGUCGCCGCCGGCAAAGGCGUCCUCCGCACUCUGCACGCGCGUCCCGACGCCGUCUGUGACGUGAUUCCCGUCGACUUCGUGGUGAACACGUGUCUCGCGAGCGCCGCCGCUGUGGCCGUCCGCCGCCCCGCCGACGCCCCCCUCGUCGUGAACUGCGUGUCGGGCCAAACCAACCCAAUCACGUGGCGCCAAAUCCGCGACUUCUCGGCGCCGCUUCUCUUGCGCUGGCCUUCGAGUGAAUUGUUUCGCUUUCCCGGCGUUUCUCUCCAUUCGUCGGCUUUCCUUCAUUACUGCCAUCUAUUGGCCGAACACCGAAUUCCCGCCGUAUUUGUCGACCUCCUGUUCCGCGCCUGCGGACUCCAACCCAUACUCGGAAAAGUGUACCAAAAGGUGAACAAAAGCGUCGCCGCUUUGGAAUACUUUACGUGCAAUGAGUGGCGCUUUCGGGUCGAGCAGUGGCGCCAUCUCUCGGACUCGCAGUCGGCCGCCGAUCGCCACGAC